AAACAUGGGUGAUAUAGACAGUACAACAAAUGGAAGUGUAUGUGAGAAGAUCCCUGAUGAGAAAUGUAACGGCGUCAGUGAAAGUGACAAGACUCCAUUCGAAGAUGCACUGAAAAUAAUAGGCACAGGAACUUACAACUACAGACUUCUGACAAUCGUAAUCUACUCCUUGUUGGCCGCCACCGCAGAGGUGUUCACAAUUGGUGUCGUGACCACGGCCGCGCAGUGCGACCUGGGGCUCGAUGUUGAAAAGAAGGGAUUGAUGAGCUCCAUUCCCAUUUUAGGUGUAGUAGUGAGUGCGCAUUUCUGGGGCUUCCUGGCGGAUACCCGUGGACGCCGGUUCGCACUCAUCAUCAGCACUUCUGCUUGUUGCGUCGCGGGGCUGUUGGCUGCGUUCGCCAGCAGCUGGAUUUACUUAGCCGUCAUCAAGUUCAUAGGAGCUAUCUUUGGCGUCAACCUGCUACUAAUUGUGUUUUUCACAUUCGAGAGCCCAAAAUUCUACUUUGCCGUCGGGGAACAUGAGAUGGGAUUGAAGAUUAUGCAGAAAUUUUAUAAAAUGAACACUGGAAAUGCUUUGGAAGAGUAUCCAGUUAAAUAUGUCGUUUUAAACAAAGACGAUUACAAGGCGCGGCAAAGGAAUUUCUUCCGCUCCAUUUGGGAGCAAACUACGCCGCUGUUCAGCAAAAAACACAUCAAGAGCACGGUGCUGAUCUUUUUGUGUGGCUUACCCUCGUACUGCGUAGCACCGCCCUUAUCCAUCUGGUUGCCAUUCAUCAUGAACAGUUUUAGCAAAUCAGAAAAUAAUAUACAAUUUUGCGAUAUCUUCCGGAUGAAGACAAUAACAAAUGACAACAGUUCUGUGAUACCUGAAUGUGACGACAGAGUAGCCGACAUCACCUACAUAACCCUCUCUACAUUCGCUGCCUACCUCGUCUUCUGCUCUUUAAGCACCUGCCUCGUCAUCAAAUACAUCGGCAAGAAAUGGACCUUUGUGAUCAAUCACUUCGUCUGCGCAGUAUUGUGCGUCAUGAUCAACUAUUUGAACAUGCUUGGUGGAGUUGUAGCGUUAGUGGGGCUCUCGGCCAACGUGUCAUGUAUGGGCAUUGUCACUACUUAUGCUAUUGAACUGUUCCCGACUUACAUGAGAGCAAUGGCGGUGUGUCUCACUAUACUCUGCGGGCGCGCCGUGUCGAUCGUCUUCUCCAAUAUUAUAGGAGCUCAGUUACAAAAUAACUGUUUUAAUUUUAUAUUCAUCGUGGCGGGCUUGAUUGCGUUUGGAGGUUUCGUUGGAAUUUUCCUCCCAUCAGACAGAAAGAAAAAGGAAAUGAUUAAAGAAGAUAAAGAAACUAACAACACUACUUGA